AUGGCAACUCGCUCGGUCUUCCAUAGUAUUAGAGGUCGAUUCACAAAUGGUGCUGUUGUCGGAAGCAAUUCCAUCCGAAACGCCGAAUCUUCUCAUUUCUCCAAACCCUACAGCGCUGACGCGGCAAUCGGAGGCUCGCUCGUCGAGGAUUCUGAGGAGAAAGACGAUCUGAAAAGCCGGAUUUUCAGAUUGAGACUUCCGAAGCGGAGCGCGACGACCGUUCUCGAGAAAUGGGUUGGUGAAGGGAAUCAGAUAACAGUCAACGAACUUCGAGAGAUCUCUAGAGAACUCAGAAGAACUCGCCGUUACAAACACGCUCUCGAGGUCACAGAGUAUUUGGUUCAACAUGAAGAACCCAACAUCUCAGACGCUGAUUACGCAUCGCGUAUAGAUCUGAUAUCAAAAGUCUUCGGGAUCGAUGCAGCUGAACGCUACUUCGAAAGUCUGCAACUACCUUCAAAGACAUCUGAAACCUAUACUUCACUCCUUCACGCUUACGCUGCCUCCAAACAAACCGAACGAGCCGAAGCCUUGUUCAAGAGAAUCAUUGAGAGUGAGAGUCUUACCUUCAGUGCCAUCACAUACAAUGAGAUGAUGACUUUGUACAUGUCUGUUGGAGAAGUUGAGAAAGUGCGUGAGGUUAUACAAGUGAUGAAGCGUAAACAGGUUUCUCCUGAUAUAUAUACUUACAACCUGUGGUUGAGUUCAUGUGCUGCUACGUUUAGUAUUGAUGAGGUUAGAAAGAUUCUUGAGGAGAUGAGGAGUGAUGGUGGUUUCAAUGAGGGUUGGUCACUGUAUAUUGAUCUUACUAGUAUCUAUAUAGAGAGUAGUAGGUUAACAAAUGCAGAGUCUAGCUCACCUGUUGAGUCUGAGAAAUCUAUUUCACAAAGGGAAUGGGUGACGUAUGACUUUCUUAUGAUUCUGCACACUGGGUUAGGAAACAAGGGUAUGAUAGAUCAGAUUUGGAAGUCUUUGAGAAACACUAACCAGAAGUUGAGCAGCAGAAGCUAUAUAUGUGUUAUGUCAUCUUAUGUAAUGCUUGGUCAUUUGAGAGAAGCUGGAGAAGUUGUGGAUCAGUGGAAGGAGUCUAAAACGACAGAGUUUGAUGCUUCUGCUUGCUCUAGGAUCUUGAAUGCUUUUAGAGAUGCUGGGUUAGAGGAAAAGGCUAGUGACUUUCACUUGCUUUUGGUGGAGAAGCAAUGCAGCUUGGAGAACGAGGUAUCAUAA